UUCAACUGAAAAAAGAAAGAGAAUCCGUUUUAUGAGCCUAUAAAUACUUACCACCCCAAGAUGUAAUAAUUCAUUCAUAUAAACCAUAUAAUACAUACAUCAUCAAAUAUCAUCCAUUAUCAUAAUCUAUCAUUCAAAUCACAAAGAAAAAUGGCAGGUUUAAUUGAAAAGAUAGGAGAGAAACUUCAUAUGGGAGGUGACAAGAAAGAUGAGCAUCAUAAGAAAGAUGAUGGUCAUCAUAGCAAAGAUGGUGAGCAUAAAGAAGGAGGAAUGAUGUCUAAGAUCCUUGGUCAUGGUGAUGAUCAUAAGAAACAUGAUGGUGAUCAUCAUAAAGAUCAUGAUAAACAUGACGGUAAGGAUCAUAAGAAGGAUGAUGGUCAUGGUGAGAAAAAGAAGAAAAAGAAGGAUAAGAAGAAGGAGCAUGGUCAUGACCAUGAUGGUAGCAGCAGCAGCGACAGCGACAGCGACUAGAUCGUUGCAUUGUCAUCGUCAUCCACUCGUCUUUUAAGAUCCUAUGAAGUAUGAGAGAGAAUAAAUGAAAAGAGCUAGUAGAAGCCGCUAUGACAUUGUUAGUAGGAAACUUCCUUUUUUUUUUUUUUUUUAAUUGUGGAUUUUAUCCAUAAAUAUGUGUAAAAGCUCUUUCUUUUUUAAAAGAAAAGGGUUUGUUCUUGUAAUCUUGUCUAUUAUUAUAAUAAUAUAAAUAUAAUCUUAUGUUUGCUUUA